AUGGUAACGAGUGAUUAUGACUGGAGCUGGCCAGCAACCAAUGGUGAACAAGUUGAGCGUCCUGGCCUACAGAGGCAGACGCUGCCCACGCACUUGAUGUCAAACACAGGUGCCAGCACCACUGAGGAAGAAGACUCCUACAGCUCAGUGGCUGUGCCACCACCUCUGCCCCUGCAGCCGCCGAAGAGUGCUCGCCGCCAGUGUCACCCUUCCCUAAACCGCCGCAGGGACACCUCGACACAGGGCAGCUUGUCGGAGGAGAAGCCCAGGGAGGCAGCUGGAGAUGAUGAUUGCAGGACGUCCAAAAAUGAAGCAGGACCCCCGCUAGAGUUUUCAAGCAAUUUCACAGAAAAGGAGCCUGAGACGGCCCAGAGCUACAUGGAGAGGAUGCACGUCUACCAGCUGAAGCACGCCUACAUGAAGUCAUGGCCAGGACUGCUGAGGGUACUAGGAGUGAUGGAGCUACUGUUCGGAGCAAUGGUCUUCGCUUGUAUAUGUGCAUACAUACAGAAGGACAGCCAGUGGUACAACGUCAUUGGUGGAUCUUUCCCAGCCUAUGGGCUUGGGAACAAUUAUUACUAUACUGGACCCAAAACACCUUUUGUCCUGGUCAUGGCUGGUCUGGCCUGGAUUGUGACGGUGGGACUCCUGGUCCUGGGACUGUCUCUGUAUUAUAGAACUAUUCUUCUCGACUCGGGGUGGUGGCCGCUGACAGAAUUCACCAUGAACGCUUGCCUGUUCUUUUUGUACAUGGCAGCCGGCAUUGUCUACGUCAAUGGGUUCGGCCUGGGAGGCUUGUGCUACACCAUGAUGGCCAACAGUCCUCUGUACUAUCAGCUGUGCCGAGUGGAGAGCGGACAGAUUGCAGCUACGGCCUUCCUGUUCGUCAACAUGCUCCUGUACCUGGUCAGUGCGGGCGUGUGUCUCAAGGUGUGGCGUCAUGAGCUAACCAGAAGGGAAAGGGAAGCUUUAACAAGUAAGCGUGGAACAGUCACAGUGAUCAGACAGAGACACCCGUUCUCAUUCAAGCGCAUGUCAUUCCGGACAAGCACAUCACGACCUCCGGAUGAAGAGGUCACUAAGAACAUCCCGUCACGGUCCAAUGGUGCAGACACUCUCAACAAGUCUAUUCCAACUGGAUUUAUUCCAAAGCCCCUCAUCGUUCCUGAUUAUGUAACAAAGUAUCCGAAGAUUGAGACUGCAGAGGAGAGGGAGCGCUACAAGGGAGUAUUCAACGACCAGUAUGCAGAAUAUAGAGAGCUACACAAUGAGAUCCAUGCAGCUAACAGGAAGUUUGGAGAGCUGAAGGCUCUGAUAGAGAAACUGCCCCACUACACAGAGACAUCAGAGGAACACAGACGGAUCAUGAAGAUCAUUGAAGAUUAUAAGGAGAAAAGAAUCACCUGGAGACCUCCCCUGUUCUUCCUUGAAACAAUGCCUGGAGGACCAACAUUUGUGGAGAAGAAGCAGCGGUGCACCUACCUGAAGAACAAGCUCUCGUACGUCAAGCAACGAAUCCAAGAGUAUGAUCUAGAAUGCAACUCCUCCGGGAGUCCCUUUGCCAGCACAAUGUAUGAGAGUCGACCCUUCGGCAGCCCCCCUGCUUACAGCCCGGCACAGUACAGCCCACCUGUGGCCUACAGACCCUCUGUGGGCAGCUUUGAAUAUGAUGUGAAUUCACCUCCACCGGGCUCUUACUACAUUGAAGAUAAGCCGCAGCACUUCUACAAGUGGAGCUCCCCACCAGGGAUCAUUCGCAUUUUAGAAGGAAUUGUUAUCAUCCUGUGCCUGGCUAUUUUUGCCUGCGUGGCGUCGACAUUGCAGUGGCAGUAUGGUUAUGGUUAUGGCUUGGGCAUUGGUGGCGGACUUGGAGGAGGUGGCUACUACCCUGGGUUGGGAGGCAGCGGCUACUACCCAGGAAUGGGAGGAGGAGGUUAUUAUCCCGGGAUGGGUGGCUAUGGCUAUGGAGGCACCACUGACCCCAGGGCCGCCACUGGCUUCAUGAUUGCGAUGGCGGCAAUCUCGUUCAUCGUGGUGCUGGCCUUCUUCAUCAUCAGUGUCAGCAAGUCCCACAACUCCAGGAGUCGGAAGUUUUACCUGUUGGUGUUGGUAUUCAGUGCUAUUCUAGGUGGGAUGGAACUGAUUGCCAGUAUUGUGUACAUCAUGGGUGUGAAUCCCACGGCUGGCAGCGGAGGAUCCAUGUACUACAGCCAGAUCAGGAUGGUAUGUAGCCAGUUCUAUUCAGGAGGAGGAGCAAUGAUGUUGGGGAAUCAGUAUCUCUAUCACUACUGCGUUGUGGAUCCUCAGGAGGCCGUGGCAAUUGUCUGUGGGUUUCUGGCGGCGCUGGUGUUUUGCGUCAUUGCGUUCUUUGCUCAAAGGGUACGGCACAAAAUAUGGAAAUAUGGGAAGCCCAAUAUCAUCUGGGAUAAGAACUUUGCUGGUGAAGAGGUGGGACCAAACGUGGAAGAAUGGGUGAAGACAGUCCCAGCGGAAGGUAACGAUGAUACGGAAACAAUUCAGUUCUCUGAUAAACCAGCCAAUGGAAUUAAUGCAAUGAGUGCCAUGGAUUAUAACUCGCAACCAACCACAUACAACAUGGAGAGUCAAGCUGACAGUCUGUAUCAACCCACCCCUUACCCCUCGAGGAACUUCAACUCCACCCCAUCAGAGGAGUUGUCGAAGAAGCCUCCAGCUGGUCGGAAGAAGGGGAAGAUGAGACGCCGCCGAUCCGAAAUGGACGAGUCUCAGUAUGAGACAGAUUACACAACAGGAGCAGAGUCUUGUGAUGAUGCGGAUGAGGAGGAGUGGGAAAACUUGUAUCCUCCCAUAACCUCUGACCCCAUACGGCAGGAAUACAAGCGUGAGUUUGAUGCUGACCAUCAAGAGUAUAAACAACUUUGUGCCGAAAUGAACGAAGUCAACAACCAGAUUAAUUACCUGAACAAGCGGCUAGAUGUCUUAUCUGAAGAUGACCCCAACUAUCAGGGAGUUGCAGAGGAAUACAACAGGUUAAAGGAACUCAAAAAGACCUCUGAGUAUCAGAGUAAGCGGCUGCAGAGCAAGCGACUGAGGAGCAAGCUGUCCUACAUCAAGCGGAUGGUCAAUGAUUAUGACCGUCAGCGAGAGUAAGACUGAGAGAGGAUGCAGAUCCUUCCCCCCACCCCUCCCCCACCCAGCCAUUGCCCAGAACAUGAAAAUUCAGAAUAACCUACGGACUUCAGUGAAAAUUCCAAACUCCAUUUGGAAACUCCGCCGUGGACUGGAAUAUCAACAUCACAAUCUGGAUCACAGUGAGUUUGAAAGCUGCUGAAGCUUCAGCUCAAGUGUUAGUCCAGUGAAGGGUCCACUGUGACUCUAUUCCUACAUUAGUUCAAUGGACAUAUUGUUCUAAAUGCAUAUGGACAAGGAUUUAUGUGUGAUGUUCAAUAUAUUGUUAACUGAUUAACCAGUGGUUGGUAUCUAGGCAAACCACAGGGGAGUCAAUCCAUGGCAUUGAACAAUGAGAGCAGUUAAUCUACAACAUGUAGACUGUGGAAGGAAUCAAUCAACAGUGUUCAAUAUAAGGGAUCAUUCAAUCCAUGGUCAAAAGGCUCUUAAAGUGUUUCUAUUUAUCUUAGCAUUGUUCCCAGCCCCAGGAAGAAAAUUGCAUUUGUAAACCAUCUUAUAAUAUAAUUAAGACAUUCCAGGUGCUUCACAGGAGCCCCAUCAAAUUAAAUUUGAUGCUAGGCCAUGCAAGGGGAUGGUAAGAAUGGUGACCAAAAGAUCACAGUGGUUGGGUUUGAGGAAUGCCAUAAAUAGGAGGGGGAGAAGUUAAGAGAGGGAAUUUCAGAGCUCAGGACAUAGGCAGCCGAAGGCAUAGUUGGCAGAAGUGGAGGGAUGGAAAUCAAGGAUGCACAGAGGCUAUCUGGAGGAGAAUUAGGAUCCUGGGGAAUUGCAGAGCUAGAGGUCAUCACAGAGGUGGAGGGAUAUGGAAGAUAUGGAGAUAUCUGAAACUUUGUGUUACCAGGUAGGUGUCUGUGAGAUCAAUGAGCACAGGGCGAUGACUGAACGGGAGCAGGUGAGAAUGGCUACAGGGGCAGCAGAGUUUAGGAUGAACUCAUUUAUGGAGUGUAGUUCAAGGGAAUGCGACCAAGAAAGGAAUGCAACAAUUGAAUCUGGAGGAAAAUCUGUGAAUGAGUUUUUCAACAGCGGGUGAUUUUCUGGAGGUGACUGAGCAGAUGAAGGGUUAGAAGGUUGACUUGCAGUUGGGUAGAACGUAGAGAUUGUAGGUGGUGUGGUUCAGAGUCAGUGGCCAGGGAGAGGGGUGGACGGAGUGGAGACUGGAAACACAAGAGACUUGCAGAUGCUAGAAUCUGGAUAAACAAACAAUCUACUGGAGAAACUUAGUGUGUCAAGCAGCAUCUAUGGGAGGAAAGUAAUUGUUGGUGUUUCAGGUUGAAACUUUGCAUCAGGACAGAGAGUGGAGAGGGGAGAUGGCCAGUAUAAAGAGGGGAAGGGGAGUGGUGAGGCAGGGGUCCAAGGUGAUUGAUGGACUGAGGAGGGGUGAAAGAUGAUGGGCAGGUUGUGCCAGGUAUGGGAGGGGUGAAGUUGGGAGACAGCACAGGUGAGUGAUAGAUGGAGGCAGACAGAGUGGGAAAAACUGAGAGGCAGGUGGAGGGAGGGGAGCAUGAAUGAAGUUUGUGCUGGGGUCUAAUGUCUCCAAUCUUCCCAAAAUGUAAUUAUUAAAUACCACACAAGCGACCAAAACAUGGGGCAGUGUCAAUCAGCACUCCAUAUAUAAGUGGCUGAAUGGACAGAAUUUGAGGUCUGAAGAAACCAGUCACAAGGUUCAGUCCAUGUGGGAGUCAGCACUUUGGGAUGGUUUACACACCUCAGCAUAGAGAGGGCAACGCCUGACCAGUUCGGGUGCCUGGCUACUUGUAAUGUUCCAGCCCACUUGCCCCGGGUUUAUCCACAUGAAACAGCUUCAUCAGUCUCUUUAUCAAAGUUGCCAGUGAUACAGGGACUUCUUUAUUUUGAUUUAUUUUUGUGCUUCAUGAUUAUGUUAUCGGCAUUGAAAGCUGUAAAUGUAGAAGUAAUUAUAAGUGUGUAAAUAAGGCAACUAUGUCAAGGCAGGGGUCUGAACAUUGUCAUCUUUACUUGGGCAGAUGGGCCUUGUUUGUGUUUAUAGUUUACUCUGAUUUAUGGUGUGAACUCUGAGGGGCUGGAGGUACGGAAAGGGUGGUUCUCAUGAGUGGAUACGUGCUAAUUCAGAGCACCAAGAUUUGUGUGUAUUGACAGAUUGAGAUAUAUAUAGAAUUAAUGGCGACUAGGAUUUAAACAAUACAUGCUGAUUUAGAAGUGCCAAUAUACUGGGCUGGAUUUUUGGGGCCAGCAGCAAGCAAAUAUUGCCAGCUGAUUUUUUUUUUCUGCCCACAAAUUUUCUUUGGGAGUUUCCAUUCUGAUGAUUACAGAUUUAACUCUUUUGUUGCAGAGCUGUCUAUUGGGAGAUCUGGGACUUGAGUAAACGGGGCAACCAAUCAGACAGAAUGAUUAUUAGUGAAUACUGCAGAGUCUAAACCACAAAAUCUCAGUUAAAGUAUUUAAAUCAAUGUCAAAUCAGCCACAAAAAGAAAAAUGAGGGAGCAAAGCAAGGAAGGGGCAAAGGAAGGGAAAGGAGGAGAUUGGGAGUGAGGAAAAAAUAAAGAAAUUAACUAGCCAAUGAUCAAAAUUUGAUAACACAUUAUUUUUGAGUGUCAGACAUUGUUCGGCAGUAAUUAAAAUGUUAUACUGUUAUAACCUGCCUACGGGGAAAUGGACAAGCUCAAUUUGUUUCUGUAGAGUUUUGUGGAUAAGGACUAUAAUUUCACACCUCAUGGUAUGUUUGAAUGCUGAGUUCCUCAGCAUGAUAUAGCAAAGCCUCUGAAAGAGCCGGGUACCUUCAGAGAGCUUCUUUUGAGUCUCAGUGUGUAACUGUGCAAAUAUUAGAGGUUACUGUGCAGGUUAUAAUGGUGAGCAUAGAUACCCUCAUGAUAAAUCAUACUAUUAAUCAGACUCAAUUAGCAGAGAUGUUAAGCCAUUUUAACGCUGUGUUUGUAAUGUUUAUCCAGUGUAAUUUCAUCACCUCAGACCGUGCUAAUUAAUCAUUUCCCAUUGGUUUGUUGUGAAAAUGAUCGUUCUAUUACAGAUUUUGUAUAGCAGUAACACCUAAUUAUUGUAAAAUAAUGCUUUAAUCUGUUUCUUUAUGAAAUAAUUUUUAAAGUCUUUUGUAUUUUUGAAUGAAUUAUAUCUUAAAUAUUUAAUAUUAAGUUUGGUAACCAGCAGUGACUGAGAUUCAUUGUGUUAAGAGAGCGAAGUCCUUACUGAUUAGUUGAUACUGACGAGUUUACCUGUAAAGUAACCAAAUCAUCUCACAGACUAAUAAUAUUUUAGGAGUCCAUUCAGCCCAUUAUGUCUGUGACAGCACUUUGAAAGAAAUCCCACCUCUUACCCAUUGUCCUGUGAAGUUCUUUCUUCAUGUAUUUAUCCAAUUCCCUUAGAAGAAUCAUUUUCCAUCACCUUUUAGGCAGUACAUUCCAGAUAACACUGAGUAGAAAAUUUCUCCCAUUCUUCCCUCUAGGUUUGAUGCCAGCUGCCAUAAGUAUAUCCUUCCUUGCACUGGGAACACGUUUCUUCAUACUUACUCCAUCAGCUAUUCCUCCUAAAUCUUCUCUUACCCUUCCCAGCUGUACCGAGAACACCUCAAGCUUCUGCAGACUCUGUAUGUAAUUAGCUCCUCAUUUCCUGCAACCAUUACAGUAAAUCCCCACUGCAUCAUUUCCAAGGCUUUGACAUUCUUCCUCAUUGUGGGCCCCAGAAUUAGACUCAAGCUGGGGCCUGACGAUUCUUUUAUAAAGUUGGGGAUAGUCUGGUUUUGUUCCUAGGUGGGACCAACACAUCCACAUUGUCUGCUGAUGGAAGGUAUAGUGCGGUGCUGCAGACUAGAAGGUGAUAACAGGAUUCCUUCUCUGUAGUCUAUAAUCAAAGGGCUGAUUACUGUCAGUCAGCACUGAAACCUGGUGUCCAUCAAUUGCCUUGGAAGUAGACUGGCUAGUUAGUAGAAUGGGUGGGUUGUGACUAGUAUUAUCAUCAGAUGAGCACCUUAAUGUAGUCAGCCCAGGUGGAUUUA